CAGAUAUUCCAGUAAAGGCCAUUAGCUAGCAUACUCAAGGCAAAUCUUUUGCUCUGUUGAAUCUUUUCUUCGUGGAGAAGAUCCAAAAACAUGGUACAGAUUUCAAAAAUAUGCCAAGACGCUAGAAGGAGGGCUUGAACCUCCGACCUUGUGGUUAACAGCCACACGCUCUAACCCACUGAGCUAUUCCAGCACACACGCUAAGCGGUACACUUUUUAAUAAGGAUCAUAAUCCUUUCCAACACCUACGCAUAUCAAUUAUCAGCGAUUGAGCGCAGAGUCAGAACUUUGAAGGGCACUGAGUUAUGGAAGCCGAAAACAUCCAGACCACUCCAAAACCAUCGUCAUUGAGAUGGAAAAUCCUUCGUCAAGCUCUUUUUCGUCGUCCACUUUCAAAAAAUCCGGAUGAAAUUAUUAGCCGUAUUUCACGGAGAACAACUCGCGGAUUCAACUUGAUCCCCUGCCAAUUACUAGAUACAGAUUCCACCUCUAAAGAUUCGCGCGUGUGUUACACGCUUCCUGUAACUGGCUCUCCCAAACUUUUUCUCACCCAAAGAGUGGACAACCAUGCUGACCUUGGUGAUUUUGAAAUUUGUAAUAGAUAUAAUAUUGAUAACACAGGGAUUGUAUGUCAAUGGCCAUCAGAAGAUGUUCUUGCCUUUUUCUGCUUGUCAAAUGCAGAAAUGUUUAGGUCUAAAAGAGUUAUUGAGCUUGGAUCCGGCUAUGGUUUAGCUGGACUUGCUAUUGCAGCGACAACAGAGGCAUUGGAAGUUGUAAUAUCUGAUGGGAAUCCUCAGGUGGUUGAUUAUAUUCAGCUUAACAUAGAUUCUAACUCUGAAGCAUUUGGUAGCACAAAAGUGAAGUCUAUGACACUGCACUGGAACCAGGAAGAUCUUUCAGAUUUAUUCAACUUUUUUGACGUCAUUGUUGCAAGUGACUGCACUUUCUUUAAAGAAUUCCAUAAAGAUCUUGCUCGAGUAGUAAAACUCUUGUUGAAAACUACGGGACCCUCAGAAGCUGUUUUCUUGAGCCCUAAAAGAGGUGACUCACUGGCUAAGUUUUUAGAAGAAAUUGAAGAAGAUGGUUUGCAUUUUAGCAUAACAGAGAGUUACGAUGACGAAGUUUGGAAGCGUCAUCAGAUGUUCAUGAACGGAGACGAAUCCUGGCCUAAUUACAGUGAAGAUCAUUGCUUCCCAUUAUUGGUCAGAAUUACUCUAUGAACACGUGGAACCCAGUCGUUUUAAUUAUUUUCUGCUCAUAGUUCAGGCUUAGAUGCACUUCUUAGGGAAACUUCAUAUCUAGUUGACCUAAGUGAAUAUAAUGUACACUCUUUUGGCCCAUAUUAAGGGCCCCUUUGUAGUUCCUAUUGAAUGGACCUGAAAUACGGGCGGAUUGCACAUGGGUGUUUUCCAAAAAAUGAUUAUGGGUUUUACCGUAUUUGUGUAAAAUAUGUUUUUUGCGAGGUA